AACCAAGCAACAUAUAAUUUGGAAAACAUAUGAUCAAGUCUUGCCCUUGAGUUAUUCUCUCCAUGUUUGCCAAAGGUUAAAUAUAUGGGUAUAAUGGAAAAUCUAAUAGAAAUGUAGUUUCAAACUCUGAGAUCUACAACAGUGUUGAUGAACAUGCUUUGUAUUUAUUUCUAAAUGCCUUUCUCUGGUACACCAUUAAAAACACAUGAAAUCCACCUUAUUUUACAUACAGUAAAGUAAAUGUGGGGAUUAAGGACAAAAAUAUUUCUUUUUCAUCCUUGAAGUAUUUGAUGAAAUAAUUUGAGGGGUUGGCGCUUUGGUGUAACAGGUAAAGCCGCUGCCUGUAGUGCCAGCAUCACAUAUAGGUGCCUGUUCAAGUCCUGGCUGCUCCAUUUUCAGUCCAGCUCUCUGGUAUGGCUUGGGAAAGCAAUAAAAUAUGGCCCUAAGUCCUCCUUGGGCUGCUGCACCAGUUUGGGAGACGCUGAAGAAGCUCCUGGUUCCUGGCUUUGGAUCGGCCCAACUCCAGCCAUUGCAGCCAUUUGGUGAGCAAACCAGUGGAUGGAAGACAUCUAUCUGCCUCUCUCUAACUGCCUUUUGAAUAAAUAAAUAAUUUGAAAAGAUAUGAAUUUCCUCAUGAGAAUGGAUGUACAAGAUGGGAUCUUUGUUCCAAAUCUAGAAACUUAAUAGGUUAAUCCACAUAACAUUUUUGAUAAUUUUUACUGGUGACCACAGGAACUGAAUUGAACAAUAACCAAAAGUUUUGUUUGUGAUGUUGUAUACUGGUGUUGUAUACUGAAAGUGUUUAGUGAGUGUUUAUUACGUAAAAAGGCUUUCCGAGGAAAGAGUGUCGCUCCCCCUCUUCGUGGAGGAGCAACACAGGACCCUGCGCUGUUCUCUCAUCUGCUCGGCCCUCCCCGGGUUUGCUGCUGGUUCUUCCCGGGUUGGCUACUAUCCCUUCCACCUCCGUGGAAGGGCAGUUCCCCCUGGCCACAUUCCCCACUUCCGCAGGGGAGCGGCACACCGCUGGUCGGCUUUCUCGGGGGCUGCACAGGUGUUCCCUUAGAUGUUCCCCUUAGAUGUUCCUGGUGCAUGCCGUCUCUCUCCUCCUUUAUAGUCUUCCUCCGCCAAUCCUAACUCGGCUGCCCACACGCCGAGUACGCUGCUCUCCAAUCAGGAGCAAGUCCUACAGUUUAUUGGUUGAACUGGAGGCAGCUGUGCGGAAGCUGUUUACUUCUCUCCCAGCGCCAUAUUGUGGGAGAGCAGAUGCAUAGAAUAAGUCUUAAUUCCAGUAACUCAGUCCAGUCCGGGCUGCUCCCCACAAAAGAGUACUUUCUAAACUGGUCUAGUAAUGGCAUGAGAGCAGGAAAGCUGACUGGCUUAUGUCACUGUGGUGACAAUGUGGGACUGGAGUGCAGGGAUCCAGAUUUUUUUUUCCAGGUGUGUUUUUAUCUUCCAGUUGCUGCCAAAGAAUUUAUUGUCCUUGACUCAGUGGUGAGAAUACAAAGAGGAAGAAAUGAGACUUAAAAGUCAAUAAUUAAACAAAACGUGGAGUUCAGCUCCACAGUACAACUGAGAAUGUUUUACUCUUUAUACUUUUGACUUUGGUUAGGGAAGAGUACAAUUUUCUUCAUGCUUAUAGUUUGUCAAAAGCUGGGGCCAGCGCUGUGGUGUAGCAGGUAAAGUUGCUACUGCCUGCAGUGCUGGCAUCCCAUAUGGGCCCUGGUUCCAGUCUCAGCUGCUCCACUCCAAUCCAACUCUGCUGUGGCCUGGGAGAGCAGUAGAAGAUGGUCCAAGUCAUUGGGCCCUUGCACCCGCAUGGGAGACCCGGAAGAAGCUCCUGGCUCCUGGCUUCAUAUCAGCACAGCUCCAGCUCUUGCAGCCAAUUGGGGAGUGAACCAGCAGGUGGAAGACUGACCAACCUCUCUGCCUUCUCUCUCUAACUCUAAGUCUGACUUUCAAAUAAAUAAAUCUUUAAAAAAAAAGUUUGUCAUAUUCCCUUUCUUCUGCACACUGGCUUCCAUCUCCCAAUACAAUUGUUGAACACAUUUUUGAGAUACUGCUUUCAGGAGUUGCAUUAAAACACAGAAAUGACUGUGAGAUAAUCAAUUUUAUAAGUUUUACUGGAAGAGCAUUUUACAAAUGGGAUAAAAAAUUUCAGGGCUCAGUGCUGUGGUGCAGAAGGUUAAGCCUCUGUUUGCAGUGCCAGCAUUUCAUGUGGGCACUGGUUUGAGUCUCAGAUGCUCCACUUCUGAUCCAGCUCCCUGCUAAUAUGCGUGGGAAAGCAGCUGAAAAUGGCGUAAGUACUUGUGCCCCUGCACCCAUGUGGGAGACUGGAAUGAAACUCUUGGAUUCAGCGUGGCCCAUUUGGGUAGUGAACCAGACCAAAGCCAAGAACCCAGAACUCAAUCCAGGUCUCCCAUGUGGGUGUCAAGGAGCCGAGUGCUUGAGUCAUCACCUGCUGCUUGCCAGGAUCUGCAUUUGCAGGAAGCUGGAAUAGGAGGCAGAGCCAGGACUUGAGCCCAGGCAGUCUCAUGGGGUGUGGGCAUCUGAAGCAGUGUCUUCUCUGCCCAAUGCCCACCCUGAAUCUCUGUUUACAUUAUUAUUCUGAUCAGAGUUUGUGCUUCUCUGUGUGUAUCCAUUACUUUAGAGCAUCCAGUUUAUGUAUUGUUCAGGGUAGGUCUUCUGGUUCUUUUUAUUUUUGAGAUAUCGUAAUUUCUCUUCACAUUUUUAUUUAUAUAAUUUCUGUGUUUUUUUAAGUCCAGGUACCAUUUUGCCAACUUUUUAUUUUCUGCACUUUGUAUAUUGCUUUUCUAUUUUCUGUUUUACUUAUUUAUCCUCCAACCUUUAUUAUCUCCUUUCUGUCAUGUUUGGGCUUAUUUUCUUGUUUUUCUGGUCUUUAAUGUAAAAUUAGAUUAUUUGAGAACUUUUUAAAAAAUGUACUUGUUUACCUCUGUAAUCUUCCCCCUUAUUACUGCUUUUUGCUCUGUUUGACAAUUAUACUAUAUGCAUCUUUAUCUUAAUUAUUUUGACAUUUUUUCAGACUUCCUUUUGACUCCCACCCCCAGUUUUUUUUUAACUUUUUAGAAAUAUAUUUUUAUUUUAUUUGAAAGGCAAAGAAAUAGAGUCAGACAUCUUCAAUCUGCUGGUUCAUUCCUUAAAUGCCCAAAUUGGCAAGACUAGGCUAGGCUGAAUCCAGGAGCCUGAAAGUCAAUCUGGGUCUCCCAUGUGGAUGGCAGAGACUUGGGACUUGAGCCAUUAUCUGUUGCCUUCCCAGGGUGUGCAUUAGUAGGAAGCCAGAUUGGAAGCAGAGCCAGAACUUGAACCAGGCACUUGAUAUUGGGUGCAGAUGUCCCAAACAGCAUCUUAACAGCUGUGCCUAACACGCCCUUGACUUCUUCUUUGAUCUAAUGAUUUUCAUGAAAUUUAAUUUCCACAUACUUGUGAAUUUUACCAUUUUCUUACUAUUAUUAACCUCUAGUUUCAUCCUAUUGUGGCUGGAAACGGUAUUUGGGUUGAGUUCAGUCUUCAAUUUAAGACCUGUUUUGUGAUCUAACAUUUGGCCUAUAUUGGAGAUUGUGCUGUGUGUGCUUGAGAAGAAUGUAGAUUUUCUACUCUGGUGUGGGAAGGUGUAUGUUAAGCCUAUCUUGUCUGCAGUGUUGUUUGUUCUGCUGUUUGCACAUUGACUUUCUGUCUGGAAAGUCUACAGAAAGUGGGGUAUUGAAGUUUCUUGCUGCUAUUUUACUGCUGUCUCUUCAGAUCUGCCUAUAUUUGGCUUUAUCUACCCCUGGUGUUGGGUGCAUAUGUAUAUUUCUAUGCUUUAUCUUCCUGUUUGAGUUGACAUGUUUAUCACUAUUUCAUAAACUUGUUGUGUCUUAUAACAACUUAGAGUUAAGGUCUGUUUUGUAUGACACAAAUACAGCAAUCUCUGCUCUAUUUUAGUUACCAUUGGCAUGGAAUUUAUUUCUCCAUCUCUCACUUUGUCUAUGUUUGUGCUUAUAUGUAAAGUAUCUUUUGGAUGCCAUAUAGUCGUAUCUUUUUGUUUUUGCUUUCUUUUACUUUCAGUUCAGGAGCUUAAUUCAUUUAUAUGCAAUGUAAUUAUUAAUAGAUAAACUCUUACUAUUUAUAUAUGGGUAAUUGUAUCCUCUGUGUUUUGUGUAUAUAUGAAGAUAAUUCGAAAAGCUCAUCGGAAAUGUGUGUUAAGAAAAAACUAUUGUGGCACAGCAGGUUAAUGCCCUGACCUGAAGCACUGGAAUCCCAUAUGGGCACCAGUUCUAGUCCCAGCUGCUCCUCUUCCAAUCCAGCUCUCUGCUAUGGCCUGGAAAAACAGUAGAAGAUGGUCCAAGUCCUUGGGCCCCUGCACCACCAUGGGAGACCCAGAAGAAGCUCCUGACUCCUGGCUUCGGAUCAGUGCAGCUCUGGCCAUUGUGGCCAAUUGGUGGCGCCAAGAUAAUUACAAGAACUCCUCAUGGACAGAAGCUGUGGUCAAAGAAGAAAUGGGGAUUUGAACUAUGAGAGGGAUUUCCCGUGCUAUUUCUGGCCUUGAAGAUGGGGUACACGUGGGUACAAGAAGACGCCAUACGGAGGAAAUGAAUUCUACCGACACCCUUGAGAACGUGGUGAAGUCACACUGGAGCAGGGGGGCCCUAACCCAAAAUGAUGGGAGGCCUCGAAAAACAGCAGGGUCGGGCUCUGGCGGUGCGCAGAGGGAGAAGGUCGCGCAAUGACUGCGGUACUGCGGCGACAAGAAGGAGCGAGCUAGGAGAGCAUCCCAGACCAGGUCUCCCUCUGCAGCUCCCAGAGACAGCACUACGACUACACCGUGACACCAGGGCCCCCAGCUCUGUGCGACCGUGCACCUAGCCCAGGAAGUCUGCGGAACUCUGCUCCGGAUGGCCCAGGUUGUACCUCCUCCCCACACUUGGGAGGACCGGGAGAUGCAGAGGGCACUGGCUUCCUUGGCCCCCGCCGCAGGAAGAACCGAGGAGCCAGCAGCUCUCACCUGGAGGAGAGUCAGCAGGCAUCCUAUUGGCAGCUGCCUCCUUGUGAGUGUCUCCAGGCAUCUUGAUAAACACCGAGAAUCCAGGUGAACACCACCUCAUACUCCCGAAUCUGAAUGACAGACACUGGUAUUCCUCUCCACCACUAAGUGCGUAUUGAUAUCUUGGCAAUCCCACAGGAGUAUGUAAGGAAAGUCACUCUUGGUAAUCAUUUCUGUCAGGAAAAAGGCUUUGGCAUAACUUAGAGGGAAAUGUGAGUGAAGGGAUGAUCUUCAUGGAUUUCUCCAAAGGAGUGAUCUUCUCCGCACAGACUGCUGUCGGGAUCCUGGGCAACUUCUCGCUUGUUUACUGCUAUGUUUUCCUUUCCUACACUGAACACAAGCUGAGGUCUACAGACUUGAUUCUCAAGCACCUCAUGAUGGCCAACUCCUUGGUCCUUCUCUCUACUGGAGUUCCCCAGACGAUGACAGCCUUCAGGCUCAAGCAUCUCUUCAAUGACUUUACAUGCAAACUUACUUUGUACAUUCAGAGAGUGGGCAGAAGUGUGUCCAUUAGCAUCAUUUGCCUCCUGAGCGUCUUCCAGGCCAUCAAGAUCUGCCCCAUGAACUCCACUUGGAAGGAUCUCAAAGUGAAAGCCACAAAAUACAUCACCUUUUCCAUUUAUCUCUGCUGGAUCCUGUACAUGGUGGUAAACUUAAUUUUUCCUAUAUACCAUUCUGGAAAAUGGAACAAAAAUGUCACAAAGAAAAGAGACUUAGAAUACUGUUCUACAGGCCGUGACAAAAUCAGUGACUCGCUAUAUACAGCCUUGUUGGUAUUCCCUGAAGUGUUAUUUUCUGUGAUCAUAAUCUGGUCCAGUGGCUCCAUGACUCUCAUUCUGUACAGGCACAAGCAGCAGGUCCAACACAUUCACAGCGCUCAUCUUUCCUCCAGAUUGUCCCCUGAAUCCAGAGCCACCCAAAAUAUCCUUGCUCUGGUGUGCACCUUUGUGUCUUUCUAUACCCUCUCUUCCAUCUUGAAUGCAUGUGUUGCUGUUUCAUAUAAUUCCAGUUGGUGGUUGGUAAACAGCAAUGCCUUAAUUUCUGUGUGUUUUCCAACUGUAAGCCCCUUUCUUAUGAGCCGUGACUCCCAGGUAUUCAGACUCUGCUUUCACUGGGUGAGGAACACAAAAUCUCCUAAUAUCAUAAACGUGUAAAUUGUCUUAGUCACUCAUCAUCCUUUAAACAUCCAUACAGAAACUUACGGGGGAACUGUUUGUCCCUCUAGGGUGAGCUCUGAGUACUGGUUGAACGUGAGACCUAGGUGGACACAGAGAAGGUGACUAUAGCAGGUUGCCCCCAGCUGCUCAUACUAUCCUGUGCUCGUAAUCUGGUCCAGAGGCUCCAUGCAAAUCAUCUUAGUUAUGUGCUGCUUGAGCAAUGUUGAAUGGAUCGAGUCUUAGUCCUCCAACGCCAGUUUGGUGAAGUGGUAUACUUGUGGAGGAAAAAAUUUCCAAGAGCAAACAUAGUGAAGAGAAAUGCCGGAAGGCAGUUCUUCAUGGACUUCUCAUGUUUGCAGAACACAAGUUAUUCAUAAGACACUGUCCUUUUUUGGGUGUUUUUGCAAGCAGUAGCCUGGGAAGAUGGAAACAGUGGGCAGAUUUUUUCCUAUGUAUUAAAAUAUAGUUUCUCUUUUUGGGGUAAAGGGUGUGACCGGUUUGUCAGCUUUUGCCUUUAAAAGAUUGGAAUUUCCUACACUUGGGGAUGCUUGGGUAUGAUGCAAACUCACUGCACGUGUAAUAGGUACCUACUCGGGCCUCAGCGUGCCACCCUGAGUGGAAUGGGCAUGGUGGGGCAGGGGAAGGUGUAGCAAUCAGAAUCUUUGUACUGCCUGUUGUGUCAGGAGUAAAUGAAGAUCUUAGAUUCCAACCCAAGAAAGUCCUUCUGCAAGGAUCUGUGAAUGAGUUGCAGGCUUGACUCAGACCUUCGGUUUCUAGAAGUAACCAUUGGUGUUCAAAACUUAGAUAGCUCCCUAGCAGUUCUAUUAGAGUUGGAUUGACUACUCUCAAAAUCCAACUAGUCGGGGUGUUCGGGUUAAGGUGUAUUCUUGGGAGAACCAACUGGUAUGUACCCCAUAGAAGAAUGCAAGCUACUGUGGGAGGUAGGGAUAUAUAUGGGACAGGUGAGAGCAGGACCAGGAGUGGGGCACUGCACAGGUAGAAGAGGAAGAAGUGAGAGGCCUCACUGGCAGAGCGUCUUACAGGGAGCUUGGACAAGAAACUACUGUAAGAGGAAAUGAAAUAACUUGCCCUAGAAUUUUCUGGCCAUUAGAAUCCUUUAACAAAGGCUCCAUGGAUCACUGAGAUUUUUCUGUGAAAGUAAAUUCUUUGGAAACAUUUUGGGCAGCUUGGAUUUUAGGUCUGUGCUCACCUAAGGCAGAGUGU